CUCCAUUCAGAACUACGCGCUGUAGUAUGGUGUGGGUGUGGAUCGGGGCAACAUCAAAAUACAACCGUGUGUGUGUGUCUCUGAUUCCCUGUCAGUAGCAAGAUACAGCAGUCUGAAAUACUGUUUUAGUGAGAGAAGCCUGGGAUUCCAACUCAGGCUGAAAAAAAAAAAACAUAUCCAAAAGAAACUUGCAAACAUGUACUAUUAGCAGGAGCGAAGUAGAGACAUGAGGAUAUUUUCACGACUGAACAGUACUGUAUUAUAGUUAAAGUAAGCACACCAAAAUAUACAUCCACCGAAACAGAAAGGAAAUAUCCUAGAAGCAAUGUCCAGGAGAAAACAGAGCAAACCGCGGCAGAUCAAACGCUCCAUAGGUGACUUGGAGGAUGGUGAAGACAAUCUCCCAGAUGAGCACAGCCUAUCAGAAGAGGGGGGAGGUGCCUCAGACCAGGAAGAUUCUGCGGAGUGUGACGGUUCAAGCCCUGCUUCAGCUCCCCUCACUAGCGAAGAACCAACUGCAAAUGAAUCACCAGGGACCCCUGCAGGUAAAGAAGAUCAAAGUCCAGCAGAGAGACUGAAAGAAGAGGAAGUAGAGGAAGAACAGAAAGAGGAUGGAAACCAUUGGAACGGACCAGAGGAGCUGGAGCUGUUUGGCGGCGAUGGAGACAGUAAAGUCUGUGCCAAGCAGGGCCUUCUUCACGAGACCACCUGGGGGCCGUUCAGGGGGAAGAUUCAGGUGGAAGCCCCGGCUGUGGAGCUGGCAGGAGGGGAACCCAGGAUCACACUUGUGACAGAUGACAGAGAUUGCUGGCUCACCAGACUCUCCUUAACUUCUGAUGGAACAGCAGCAAAUUCCAUCAUCUACAGCAAAGGUGAUGAGUUGUAUUGUAAGACGAGUCAGGUGAUCCCGGAAGGGGAGAGUGUGACGGCCAUCCUGGUGUCUGGUCAGAGGGAGGGGUCCUCUCCUCUGAAGACUGAGUCCACCUACCCAGCAGCCCUGCACCCUGACAUUCAGCUCCUGCCCCAGCAGGCCGGGAUGGCAGCAAUCCUAGCUACUGCGGUUGUCAACAAGGACAUCUUCCCCUGUAAGGACUGUGGGAUAUGGUACAGGAGCGCGAGGAACCUCCAGGCCCACCUGAUGUAUUACUGUGCCAGCCGGCAGAAGCAGGACUCCUCCCCUCCGCCGGAGAAGCCCAAAGACUUAUACCCCAACGAGCGGGUCUGCCCCUUCCCACACUGCAGCAAGAGCUGCCCCAGCACCAGCUCCCUGGAGAUACACAUGCGCACUCACAGCGGAGAGAGGCCCUUUGUGUGUCUGAUCUGCUUGUCUGCCUUUACAACGAAGGCCAAUUGCGAGCGUCACCUCAAAGUCCACACUGACACACUCAACGGUAUAUGCCAUGGCUGUGGAUUUGUCUCGACCACCAGAGAUAUUCUGUACAGCCAUCUUGUAACCAAUCAUAUGUUGUGCCAACCAGGGUCAAAAAGUGAAGUAUAUACCCCAGGGCCAGGGCUUCCAGUUCUGCCGUUAAUUGCAGGUAAUGACCCUGCAUCAUCAAUGAAGUGCUCCCUUUGUGGAUUCCUUGCAGACUCUCCUGCUAGCCUCCAGCAGCAUGCACUGGCACACAUGGAAGGGAGAGCACAGGGUGACCCGAGCCAUGUCCAGCUGCAGAAAUCUCCUAAACCCAGUGAACACCUCGAGCAGGAGCAGGACAAAGUGGCUACACUGUCGGCAUUGCACAGCAACUCUGCCAGCCCAAGAGCUAAUGGCGAUAGCGCAACUCCCAGCCAAUGCAAUUCUCCAGAGGCUCUUCCAGCAGUGAGAAUUAAAGAGGAGCCAAAGUCCGCCCAGAACUCGGAAUCCGAAAGUGAAACUGACGACAGUAUGGAGCAGAAGGGCCAGGCAAACCCUGCAAGUGAUCGGUCCUCCAGGACCUCCUCUCCUCGCAGCCUGCAUUCAGUCAAGAUGAAAACCGAACUCUCCAGCCCAACGCCAGGCUCUAGUCCAGUGAAUUUUGGAACAGGCUCCUUGCAGCCUGGAGGAACAGUUUUUCUGCCCCAGUACAUGUUUAGUCCAGAGGCCUCCGUUGUUCCCCAGGCUUCAGAAAUCCUUGCCAAAAUGUCAGAGAUGGUGCACAGCAGACUGAAACAAGGACAAGGUGGCGUCCCACCAUUCUAUGCUGGAUCCCCCAUCCAGAAAGGGGCCACAUGCUUUGAAUGCGACAUCAACUUCAACAACAUUAACAAUUACUAUGUGCACAAGAGGCUGUACUGCUCAAGCCGCCACCAGCAGGGCGACAGCUCCGUUAAUGUACCGCAUGUGAAGGACAACGCGGCUGCGACCGUGACAGCCACCGCCACUCGCAGCUCUUCAUCGGCUGUGGGAAGCCAGACUGCCUCGGCUCCGCAAAGUGACACUGAACCAGAACCAUCUUCCAGCAGCACCGAUGCCAAGGUGGUUGAGGUUAAAACAGAGGAAGUUGGCCUGAAGGACACCUCUUCUGAGGGGGAGAGUGGGAGCAGGGUAAGUGAGGGCAGCCAGAGCCCUUGUAACUCUGUUGAGGAAGCAGACGACGACCCUACCAAGACCUUCUGUGAGGCCUGCAACAUUCGAUUUAGCCGUCAUGAUAACUACAUGGUCCACAAACGCUACUACUGUGCUUCAAGGCAUGAUCCACCCCACCAGAGGCCGAGAUCUGGCAAAGUGACAUUCCUGCCACAGCCGGUGCGCACCAGAAAGCGCAGGAAGUUGUACGAAAUACACAUGGCCCGGAAUGAAGCAGUUGCCAACCAAACUGCACCUGUAAGCAUCAAGCAAGAGCCAUUAGCCCUGGUAGGGAGACCACUAGAAUCUCCUUCAAUACCCAUCUGCCUUGUCUCCACAGCAGGGAGCAAUGCCAUCCCGUCUCCAAGCUCCAGUCCAGAUGGAGAAGGUCCCAUUGAUCUCAGCAAGAAACCCCGUCUUCAAGAAGACCAACUGGUGGCUCCAUUGCUACCCCUGACUGACUAUCACAAAUGCACGGCUUGUAGCAUAAGCUUCAACAGCGUGGAAAACUACCUAGCUCAUAAGAAGUACUACUGUCCUGCAACCCAGCUGCAGCAGAAGGCGCUGGAUCAGCUUCAGAAAAUGAAAAAGGCCGUUUCCAGUUCACCGAAAUCAAGAGUCUUGGAAAAUGCAGAUCUUCAUGAAGAACAUUUGGACCUUAAGGUAAUAAAAGUAGAAAAGAACGCUUCAGGAAUCCUAGUUCCAACAACUGCUUGCACUAACGCUAUUAGUUUACCUGGUGGUUGUUCAUUGAGCUCAGAAAUGAACUUGCACCAGUCUCCAAACAUGAAGGCCUUACAGGGUCCUCUGAAUGUUUCCCCGGUUGUUUGUCCCUAUUGUCCUCUCAAUGGGGCCAUCAAAGGGGACUUGUUAGAGCAUUUCAAAAACGUGCAUGGUCUCCUUUUGACUAUGCAGGCAUUCGGACAUGCAGCACAGAGCAACAACAUGAAAGACGUUUUACAGCCAAGCAGAUCUCAGGAGAGCAGUCGAGCCAGCCCUACCCUAAGCCCAGGGGUAACCCCCACACCCCCCCCAAAACUGAGAUCGAAGAGCACCCUGAAUGGCAGAGAACAAAAUGAUACAGCGUCUCCUCUUUCAAAUGGAAGCCCAGAAGGGACAAAUGUUUCACCCAAGCUUGUUCUUCCCACAUCUCCUGCUGCUCCUGUGAACAUCUCCUCAGUGCCUGAAGCCCUCAGACUCCAACCAGUGAAACCCCCUCUCCAUGCAGAGGAGCCCAUCUCCUCACCCAAGGCUAUUGUCCCCCCGGUGCAGAAUGGCAACCAUAGAUACUGCCGCUUGUGCAACAUCAAGUUCAGCAGUCUCUCCACGUUUAUAGCUCAUAAGAAGUACUACUGCUCUUCGCACAGUGCAGAACACGUGAAAUAAACAUGUUCCUCCCAAUCCUCCACUACAUCCACAAAAGGGACUUUUGUAUUAAACUCUAUCACAGAUUCUACUCCAAAUUCACAUGCUUUCCUUAAAAUACUUUGAAGCCCGGUCUGUUCUCUGAGGGCUCUGGUAUGACUGGGAGACCCACAGUAAGGGUGAUAUAUUAGACUGUUACUUGUUUUGGGGUGGGCUGCACUCUCUGUUUCUCCCUGUUAACUUUAUUGUUGAAGUUUUAGGCUUCACAAGUCUACACUAAGAAAAAAGUACAUUCAAGUACAGCUUUGUGCACUGCCUUCUAUGGUCAUGGAAUAAUGGGAGAGUAUUGAGUGUUGAAGUUAGGGUUUGCCAGCAUUAUCUGUGUCCUGCAUUUUCUUGCCUAAUAUAGCCAGGGAGGCUUUUUUUCGUUCUAGUGAUUUAUUUGUCCUUUUUGAGGAGAUAAAAAAAUAAUUAUGUAAACAAUUGGAGAGUUUGGUAUUCAUCUCAGUGGCCUAAUUGCUGUCAAUCACUGGUAAUUAAACUGUGCAUUCCCUCGACAGUCCAAUUAUCUGACAACGCCGGGUUGCUAUUUACCAGCCAGUGAUAAGUGUUCCUAAACAGAUCACUGUGUUUUAUUAAUGCCAAAUUAGAAAAUACUGUAUGUGUAUACAGAAAAUCAGAAAAUGAUUAUAAUUUUAAACAAUUUUAUUUACAUUUUUAUUCAAAACUGUCUGUGACCAUUAAGACAUCCAAACUGGUCUUAAAUUCAGAUGGUCUUGCUGUCCGAAGAAAACUACCAGCAAAUUAAAAGAAAAAGCUAAAUAUUUAUUUUAUGAAAAUGAAUAUAACAGAGUUCAAAGUGGUGGUGGUGUUGUGGUGGUGUGUGUUUUUUUUUUUUUUU